CCUGGUAUCUGUAUUUUUGGUAAGAAAAUCUGGAUUUCUUCUUCCCAGCUACACUCGGACUCGAAAAUGAAAAGCAGUGGGAGUAAAAUGCCGAAGGAGCAGGAGCACGCUAUCAUUGUCUCCACCCUGAAACGGGUAAUCCGCGGUGGCGUUGGCACAGACAAUGCACCCUCCCAGCCACCGCCGCCGUCGACGCAGCUCCCAGCAACGGGUGGCACCGAUCAAGUUGUGAUACCAUUUUCGGAUUGUGAUGACACGUGUCAGGUAUGUAAGAUGGGGAAGGACAAUUGCCUUGGCUGUGGUAUGUUCCCACCAAGCGAGCAAGACAAAGGUAAAAAGGUGAAGACGAGCAAGUACAGGGGAGUGCGGCAGAGACCAGGAGGAAAAUGGGCAGCGGAGAUUCGGGACCCGCAUCUCGCCGUUCGGCUUUGGCUCGGGACUUUCCAGACGGAGGAGGAGGCAGCCAGGGCUUAUGACACGAAGGCCCUCGAGUUUCGCGGAGCUGACAGAGCCAAGCUAAACUUCCCGCCAUCCUCGGACACUGGUACUACCAGUGGAGCAAUGACUGAUGAGACCAAAGUCCAAACAAGUCCAGUCGGAGAGAGCAGCGCUGCUGAGGAAGAAGAAGAGGAAGAGAUGGAUCCGUGAUACGUCUCAUCUGCGACAUAUGCUUAAAGUUGAGACAGACGAAGAAGAUGGGGAUCAAGUGAGACUUGCUACUUUUUGACGAUUGUGUUGGCGAAUAAUGUUGAUGACCUCGGUCAUUAACUAAUUAUUACCAGGUACUUGCGGGGACGGGUUGACCUGACUAAAAGUGUGGAAGCUAGUUGCCUAUUAUAUUUGUCUCGUACCGAGGUUUGACCUGAAUAAGUGCCUAUUAUAAGUGCCACGUAUAAACUUUCCCGUCCGAGAAAUGUCAUGAAAAUGACUUGCAUCCAACAUGUGCUUAAUCAAAAAAAAAAAAAAACAUGUGCUUAAUCUAU